UAAAAGAGAGAGAAAAGAAAAGUAUAAAGCUGUUUGUUUUGUGUGAGCGUAAAACAAGCAUUUCUUGAUCCCAUCGAAUACUACCUCUGAAUGUCCGUAGAAGGAAGAAGAGAAAAGCAAGAAUUGAGAAUUGUGUGCGAAAGGGAGGGUGAUCGAUGGGGCAACAAUCGUUGAUCUAUAGCUUCGUGGCAAGGGGCACUGUGAUUCUGGCCGAGUACACCGAGUUCACCGGCAAUUUCACAAGCAUCGCUUCUCAAUGCCUCCAGAAGCUUCCUGCCUCCAACAACAAGUUCACCUACAAUUGCGACGGCCACACCUUCAAUUACCUCGUCGAAAACGGCUUCACCUACUGUGUAGUUGCAGCUGAAUCUGCAGGUAGGCAAGUUCCCAUUGCCUAUCUGGAAAGAAUCAAGGAUGAUUUCAACAAAAGAUAUGCUGGUGGAAAAGCUGGGACUGCAACAGCCAAUGGCUUGAACAGAGAGUUUGGACCCAAGCUGAAGGAGCACAUGAAGUACUGUGUGGAGCAUCCUGAAGAGAUCAACAAGCUUGCAAAAGUGAAGGCUCAGGUUUCUGAGGUCAAGGGUGUUAUGAUGGAAAAUAUUGAGAAGGUUCUUGACCGUGGUGAGAAGAUUGAGCUGUUGGUGGAUAAAACUGAUAAUCUCCGCUCCCAGGCUCAAGAUUUCAAGCAGCAAGGAACAAAAAUGAGAAGGAAGAUGUGGUUUCAGAAUAUGAAGAUGAAGUUGAUUGUUGCGGGGAUUGUUGUUGCCUUGGGCCUCAUCUUAUUUUUGUCUAUCUGCGGUGGUUUCAAGUGUGUUCAAAAAUAAAUUGCUUGGGAAUGUUGCUGGAUGGUGUCAUGCUGCAUUUGAAGUCUGAAAUUCAUGGCAAGCGGUUUUGUAUUUUGAAUUUGGUUGUAUAGCUGUAUUACUUUUUUACUUCUAGGUAUUAGAUAAACCCCCCUAAUAUAUGAAGUUGGUUCAUGUAAUGGAGCCUUAGGUUAAGAUCUAAUGGAAGAGAUGAUGACUGUAAAUCAGCAUCUCAUUCUGAAAUGCUCUGAAAUUCAAAUUUUAUCCCCUUUGCUUCUUC